AUGACGGAAUAUACAGCCGUUGAGCUUAAUCAAGAUGUUGGAUGUUAUUUACUAAAAUUUAUUGAUGGGCUAGACACAACAAAUUUUAUCGAAGCAGUCAACGAUAGUCGACAGUUCUGGUCUAUUGCAAAAACAUCAGAUCAUCAUUUUAUUGAGAUGAUCAAAAAAUUCUGUGGUUCCCAAAGAAUUCGAUUGCCACGUGCCCUAUUUGAAGACUUCACAAGUGAGUAUGAGAUCGAUGAUGAACAACUCAUUACAGUCUCAAAGCACUAUUCUGAUGUCAUCGAGCCGUCUGAACGUCUAUAUAUUCAUCCAUGCUUUGGUACUGAAGGUUUUACAAAGUUGUGUGAAGUUUAUAAGACUUCUCUUUUCAACUGCUAUUCUCGACUCUUACCAUUGAACACUGUUUGCUACUAUUACAAUGCAGAUUUUGGACUUCUUGAUUAUGAAUGGUAUGGUCAUACAAUUGGAUCCGAGCGUAUAUUAAAUGAACACGAAAAAAAAUUAUUCAAAGUUAAUACUUAUUUUAAUAAGAACCAAGAUCGAAACUGUUGUUUGAAUAUGACAUUUGUACGUACAAUGGAAGAGUUCAAACAAAAUCUGGCUACACGUUUUUCAUCAGAUACAUGGCUAAGAGCAAUAGACUUCUCAAAGUGGGCAAUUAUUGGAGGUUGUGUUCUGAAUGCUUUAUGUCAAUCACCAUUUCCAGAUACUAAACAGCAAGAUAUCAACUUAGUGUACUAUGUAAAUGAUAUAUUAGAUUUUAAGAGAUCAAUAGACGAUACUGUCAAUAAUCUUUAUAAAAUAGUUUCACAAAAGUUACACAAUGAAAUCAAAAUGGAAAGAAUACCAGGAACACCUGAUUACAACGUAUUUCUACCCGGUCAUAUCCGGCUUAACUUUACUUGGACUAGUUUAGGAAAUUCAAAAAAUCCACUUUCACAUAUUCUUCACAAUUUGGACAUGGAUAUUUGUCAAGUAGGUUUUACUGGAGAUCGAAUUGUUUCAACGUUUCCAUUCUUACAAGCACUUGCAACAAAAUCAUUAAUUGUUUAUAGUCUUCAUGCUCGAAGCCCAAAGCAUUUGUGUACACGUAUAGCAAAAUAUUGCAACAGAGGAUUCAAGCUUUUACAACCUAUUGACUUCGAUGGUGAUUUUGAUUUAUUGAUGGCACAAGAAGAAAUUCCAUUGUAUCGCAUUGAAUAUCAUCACUAUAUUGAUGAUGAUGGUGAAAUUCAACUUGCUACAAAAGAAUAUCGUAGAGGAUUUCUACACAAUAUCGAUACAUUUCGACUUCAAGAGAGAUUCAUGCAUAUGGUUUGUCCUCAACUAUUGCAAUAUACAUAA